AGAGUUGGAGCUGAGGGCUGCAAGAUUUCAGCACGGAAGGAAAAACGAGCAGGAGCAUCAGAGCCACUCAAGACUGACUUGUGUUGCUCUUCUGUGUGCUGCACUUUCAAGACUUUUUCAAAGCGGAUUGCUUGCUUGCUUUUUCUGGUUCUGAGGAAAAAGAACCCAGAAGAAAAUCCAAAGUUUGCUCUUGUCACCGAUGGCUGCCGCGCGUCCCAUGACGGCGGAGGCGUCCGGCUUCCACGUCCUCUCGGCCCACCUGAUGGCCUCGGCCAUGGAGGAGUUCCCGCAACAGCUGCCCGUCCCCAAGGGCCCGUCCCGGGGCAAGAGCCGCUCCCGGCGACCCCGCGAGGCCCGCUUCAAAACCCAGCCGGUCACCUUCGCCGAAAUCGCCGAGGUGGUGGAGGAAGAGGGCUCGUCGCCUCUGGAAGAGGAGAGGGCGCGACGCUCCUUCCUGCAGUCCCUGGAGAACCUGAGGAGGAGCACGCAGACCCUGCACUGCUCGCCCGGCGCCCGCCGUCAAUGCGCCCCGUCGCCCACGCAGGCCAGCAUGGACUCCAGCGACUCUGACUCCACCCAGUGAAGGUUUCGGGGAGUCAACAAACCCCCGCGUGGUCCUUCUCGAUGGAGUGCGGUUGAAGUGAACCAAACUGCGGCAACGUCUGCUUUUAAGAUCCACUAACAUAUCGAUGCGAGGCACAUGCCGUGCCGAUGCAUCACGCAGCAGGUGGCGCUGUUUUUUUUUUUUUUUUUUUUUAACAUGUUCAAAUGUAUGCUGUUUAAGUUCCUGGCAACGUGGCGAGAAUUUAGUUUAGCUUGCAUCAGUGUGGCUCAUCAGUGCAGGAUGUGGGCGCCCUCUUGUGGUUGCCUAAAGAAUCACUGAAUGAAAGUGGAGCAUGUUACAGUGACUUCAAUUUUUUUUUUUUAAUCCAAAAUUGUUUAAGUACAGUUCUGUUGUCUCUAACAAUACAUUUGGAUUUAACCAACCCUUUUUGGGUACUAAUCAAGUGCCAUAGAGUCGUGUACAAAGAAACCUAAAUAGCAUACUUCCAACAAAGACAGUAUAAGCUUUGCUUUAUGCUUUCAAAUAUAUUCCUUUUUUACUGUAGACUUGAAAGAUGGUACAUUGAGCUUUUUUUUUUUUUUUUUUUUUUUAAGGCUCACCGUUGAUUUUUUUUUCUCUUCUCUACUGCUAGAAGAACAAAAAUCAACAGCUCACAGCCACGCCACUAAUUUUGUAAAUAGCACGAUGAAGUGACACUGUGGCCUGGUUCGCCACUGAAGCUUUCUAUUGAGUUCACGCUCUUCACCAGAACGUAUGAAGAAAAAGAUUCCUUCGUAAAAAGAAAAAAAGUAUUUAUUCUAUUCAUUUGCUUAUAACCAAAUGUGGACUUUGACUGCGCUUCUGACUUGUGAAGUCGCCUCGACUUUCAAAGAAAACCGCAAACCUUUCCACUGUGCUUUGUAUCGAAUGUACUUUAUAUUAAAUACCGUGUUUGUCAUAAGUAUUUUAAUAAAUAUUUUCAAGUAUUUUCAGGUA